UAUUAUAGUAUUCACAAAAUUACAACACAACAGUCUAGCCUUAGCAACUAGCUACUGGCGUCUGGCUAUUACCUUCUACUUACUAUUACUUUACUACUUUUACUACUUUACUAGCACUUAGAAGUUAGCUAUAAACGUUUAUGUAACUUGUAAGUUUAAUUAUAGACAAUCGGACGCGUCUUCUCACCUAGUAUCGAAUAUUGUAGUUUUCGAAAAUUAGACGUCUUAGUUCUUAGUUAUUCAUAAUCUUAAUUUCUCAUUAUCCUGUUUGUUAAGAUGUUAUAAUAGUGUGGCCUGUUUGGUUUUGAAUCAUCUCGUCUAAUCGUACAGUAAGCGCAGCAUAAAAACUAUUAAGCAACAAUUCAGUAACUCUGAAUAUUUCUUCUACUUAUGAGUAUUGCGUGAAUACCAAGUACAAAUUGUCAAAUUAAGUGCUAUAACCGUGAUAUAAAAUUACUUGACCAAUGGCGGACUCAAGAUGCUGUUUCGGCUGUUCGAACGUGCGCAAGGGCGCGUGGGUGAUAUCAAUUUUUGAUAUGUUAAUUUGUAUAAUACUCACGAUACGAGCUAUUUCUACGCUAAGCAUUACACCAUAUUCGUAUUCAUUCAAACUAAAACAGAACUCCCUGUAUGAUGAUGCACCGCCGUCCCUCUCUAGUGACCACCGUCUUCAACAAUUGGAAAAAGAUUUCAACAUAUUUAGUCAAUUAUUUAUUAUUUUCUUAUUUUUUUAUGUUAACUUGAAUCUGAAGAAAGCAACUUUUAUACGUAACGCUCAAAGUAUCAAUCAGUGGUUGGUGAUUAACUUAAUAUUUUUUGUAUUCUUUGCUCUCUUUAUUGGUUUUACUACAAUCAAAAACGCAUCACCAGAUAUAAUUCCUAUUGGAAUUCCUGUAAGCAUUGUUGUAGUAUACCAGAUUUAUGUGGUGAAAUGUUUUUAUGAUGACGAACUUAAUGCUAUAACUCCACCUACAUUGCAUGCCACUCCAUACGUGACCAUAACCAGUCAGACAUUGCAGACUCCGGUCUAUCCUGUGCAAGCUGGACCUUACGUUAUUCAACAAGUGCAUCAGCCUAUUUCACAAACUCCUUAUCCUCAGCAAACAUACCAGUAUCAGCCACAACAGCAAACUCCAUCUCAAUCUCAUGUGGCUAUGCCUGUGCCAAGUCAACAAACCCUUCAGGAGUAUUGUAACCCUCCACCAUAUUCGCCAAGUUAUAAUACACAAGAAGGCUCUUCAGCAAAACAAUAACUAUAUAUUAAAAUUAUUCAAUCCAUUAUCUUAUACAAUUAAAACUUUUUUAUUAUGAUA